CACCCACCAAGGAACGCUCGGACUUCCGGGCUGACUUCUGGGCAUACUUGGGGUUUGGAGCGCAGUAGUGCUUGUGGGGUUGUGGAGAAAAGAAUUCGUACGUACCCGUCGGCGCUGACCAACAUUUUGACAACACUACAUUUCUUCCAUGUUUCCAUGUUCUAGUCGCCAAUCUCAACCCAAGAGUCGUCUCACAGUUGAUCAAACUAGCCACAUUUUUUUUUCAUUGGGAGCAUCGCAAACAUGGCGCCUCUAAAACAGUUGAACUUCAUCACGGGCAACAAGAACAAGUUGGCUGAAGUGAGGGCUAUCCUAGGCAGUAUAAUCCAUGUCGAUAGCCAAGCGAUUGAUCUGCCCGAAAUUCAGGGCACAGUCGAAGAAAUUGCCAAGGACAAAUGUAGACGUGCUGCAGAAGCGAUUAGAGGUCCAGUCUUGACGGAAGACACGGCUCUGGAGUUCCAUGCGCUGAAAGGUCUACCUGGCCCAUACAUCAAAUCGUUUCUUGACGCCCUGGGCCACGAAGGGUUGAACCGAAUGCUUGACUCAUUCGAUUUAAAAACAGCAGAGGCCGUCUGUACCUUUGCGUUCUCUGAAGGCCCUGGGUCGGAACCUAUCUUAUUUCAGGGUAGAACCGAGGGAGCUAUUGUCCGCCCAAGAGGCCCCGCAAACUUUGGUUGGGAUCCGAUCUUCGAAUACCAAGGCAAAACGUAUGCCGAGAUGGAUAAAGACGAAAAGAAUCAAAUCUCCCACAGAUACAAAGCUCUAGUCAAACUGCAAGCCUGGCUAACCCGUGAAAGAUCCUGAUCUGAUUCUUCCCAGCUGUGA